AUGAAGUCGCUUCACCAAUUGGCUCGCCGACAGGCACUGACUGGACUUGCAAUGCCCCGCGUCCUCUCCUCACAGAACAUCGCCGCCAGCCGGACAUGGCAGAGGGCUUUCAGCGCCUCCACAGCGACUGCCUCCCAGCUCCCAGGUCUUGAUGCUUCGAAAUUGACUAUCACCAAGACUACCACCCCCAAGGAGCCAAUGGACUCCAAGGAUCUUGUCUUUGGCAAGUACUUCACAGAUCACAUGCUCUCCAUGGAGUGGACAGCUACCGACGGAUGGCACGCACCCCGCAUUGUCCCUUACCAGAAUCUCAGCUUGGAUCCUGCAACCUGUGUGUUCCACUAUGCAUUUGAAUGCUUUGAGGGCAUGAAGGCGUACAAGGACAGCACCGGCGGCGUCCGUUUGUUCCGCCCCAACAAGAACAUGGAACGCCUGAACAAGUCUUCUGCGCGCAUUGCUCUUCCUACUGUGAACGGUGAUGAAUUGACAAAGGUCAUUGGAGAACUCGUAAAGUUGGACAGCCGGUUCAUUCCAGAUGCUCGUGGCUACUCCUUGUACCUGCGCCCUACCAUGAUUGGUACCCAGAAGACUCUGGGUGUUGGGCCACCAGGAUCCGCUCUCCUGUUUGUCAUUGCUAGCCCCGUUGGUCCUUACUACCCAACUGGCUUCAAGGCCAUCGACCUGGAGGCCACUGAUUACGCCGUCCGCGCCUGGCCCGGCGGUGUCGGUGACAAGAAGCUUGGAGCUAACUACGCCCCCUGCAUUCUACCUCAACUUGAGGCCGCGUCCCGUGGGUUCCAGCAGAACCUCUGGCUCUUCGGCGAGGAGGAAUAUGUUACCGAAGUCGGCACUAUGAACCUCUUCAUUGCUAUGAAGAACAAGGAGACUGGACAGAAGGAGCUGAUCACCGCUCCUCUUGACGGUACAAUUUUGGAGGGUGUCACUCGUGAUUCCGUUCUGACCCUCGCCCGCGAGAGACUCGCUCCUGAGGGCUGGAACAUCUCAGAGCGUAAGAUUCGCAUGUCCGAUGUUGCCGAGGCAUCUGAGGAGGGCCGCUUGCUCGAGGUUUUCGGUGCUGGCACUGCUGCCAUUGUCAGCCCGGUCCGCAACAUUAGCUACAAGGGUAAGAUGGUUGCAUGUGGUCUGAAGAAGGAGGAGGAGGCUGGCGAGAUUGCUCUCCAGAUGAAGAACUGGAUCGAGGGUAUCCAAUACGGUGACGAGAAGAACCCCUGGAGUGUUGUAAUCUAA